CUUGUGAUCACUCAACUUCUGCUUUCCUCUCUCUUCACAAGAAAUUUUUUAGAAUUGGAGACAAAACCAAGAAGAGGAAACCUUUGCAACCCUUCCUCACAGAAGAAUGUAUUUUUUGGUGAUCCUGACUUUUCUAGGACGAAUUACUGGUGAGACUUUCUUUCAUCAUUAUGAAAAUGGAAAUUUCACACUUACGUGCAAUGAAACAGUGGCUAAUGGGAAGAAGGAAACAGUUUGGUAUGAAACUGAAGAAACUCUGCAAAAAUUCCAAGUAAUCAAAUGCAGUAAUCAACAGCCCAAAGUAAUGAACGGACCAAACAAAUGCUCUGAUAAAACAAGGUGUACAAACCAAUUAUUAAAUUCUGCUUCCAGAGGUGGUGGGGUAUUUGCAUGUGAGCAAUUUACAAAUACUGGAACAUCACAGACUUGCCCACUUUUUACCAAUGUGACUCACUGCAGACAUUAUAACUUUUUUAUUGUGGUGAUAAUAAACCUAACUGCAGCCUCUGCUUCCUCUGCGUCCAUUCCAUUGUAUGCCACCACUGGAUUGAUCGUAGGGAUUAUUAUCAUCAGUGGGAUAGCAUGGUUGAUCUAUAAAAAGAAAAUCAAAUCAAAAGGAAAGCCAUCUGCACAACUUCCCAGAGCUCAGGCUGCUCUUGAAAUUCCAGGAGAUGAAUGUUCCCCGUACAGAAUGAGCAGCAACAAAGACUUGCAAACAUAUGAAGUAUUGUGUUCAAGCCCAUAUGAGGACCCAAAUGCAGCCUAUUGUACGUUGGAUAAUACUGCAACAUCUGGCAAGGGGCCAGGAGAUGAAGUCUAUGAUAUAGCCUAUGAAGUGGUGCCACAAUAGCUGUUCCUAGGAGCUGGAGAAUGGACGUUGGUUUGAAAACGACUCUGAACUUGUGGCUGAUUUUAGGGGAAAAAACCCAGCAUAGUAGCCUUGACUACCCAAUUUUGACUAUUCAAUGAGCUAUCUUAGAAAAUAUUAUGGGGCAGAUCCUCUGCUGAUAUAAAUUCUCAUAGCUCCAUUAUGAAGCUAUGACAGUUUGCACCAGAGGAACGUAGGAAGUUACACUCAGACCAUUGGUUCAUUUAGUUCAGAAUCCUGUCUCCAGCAGUGGCCUUCACCAGAUGUGUCAGAAGUAGAUGCAAAAAUCUCCAUAAUGGACAAUUAUGGCACAACUUGCUCUCAGGGGAAGUUUCUUUUCAACACCUAUCAGCUGGAGAUUGGCUAUACCUGAAGCAAGAGGGUGUUAUAGCCCUCAUACAUCUUAUCCUAUCUAAUGUAACUUUAUCCUUAGUGUAUGAAAACCUAUAUAAAUGAAUGAUUGCUUUAGGAACAAAGAGCUUUAUUUUCCUCCAGUUUUAUACUGGUGUAAUUCUGUUGGCUCCGUUGGAGAUACUCCUGCUUUACACUGGUGUAAGUGAGAGGAGGAUCAGGAACUUAGACACUCAGGUGUGAUUACCAGAGCAGGCAAAAUCAAUUAAGGACACUAUUAGCCCCUACCAUAAGUUUUUUUUCUUUAAAACAGGUACAUUGGAUAUAAUGUUCGGAAGGGAGACUGGGGCCCUCUAUGUAUCCCAAGAAAAGGUACAGCACAAACCAUGUUCCAGGAAUCAGGGCCUGCAGCGGAGCCACUCUCCUAGGAACCUAACAAAAACAGCUGACCUGUAGUUGGCUGCCUGAUUGACUAGAUCACCUGAUUGGUUUGAAGUGUCAGCAGCCCAGCACUUAAGCCCAGUAGCAGUUCAGUGUCUCUUCAAAUCAUGUACUCAUGUCUGAGCUAGCUCCUGUGUGUGCUUGUUCCAGCCCUGCCCCACUUCAGGGAACCUGUUUCUGACCCUCGGAUCUGAUUCCUAAUUUCAGUUCUGACACCUAGCCUCUGACUGUGGCUCUGACCCUGGGCUCUGGUGCCUGUGCCAACCACUAGGCCUGACUGCUCAUGUCCUGGCCACUGACACCAUGGCAGUGCCAGUGUCCUCACAUAAGCCUUUUUAGCCAUCACAAAGGUGAGAGGAACCUAAGCUAGGAUGAGAGGAUAGGUGUAUCUCUGUUCAUAUUUAAAUCUUCAGUCCACUGGAAUUUCCAUAUUCUCCAUUUACUUUCCCCAGCCUGCCUCAAAAGCUUGACACUGUGUGAAGUGAUCCUCUUUCAAGGGUCUGUUGGCUUCAUUCUGGAUGCCCAGAUGGGUUCACUCCAAGGAGUCUUUGCAGGGGUGCUGGAACAAUUUGUUUUGUGGGGGUGCUGAGAGCCACUGAACCAAACUGUAAACCCUGUAUAUAAUGGAAACUACUUCAAACCAGGGGGUGUGGCAGCAGUCCCUGCACCCCUAGUUCUAGUACUUAUGUGUCUUUGUAGUGUUCCCAUCCCUUGCUGGUCCGGGUAGGAUGACCAGAUAGCAAGUGUGAAAAAAUUGGACACUUUAUUUUUGGGGUGGGGGGAGAAAGAAAAAUCCCCUAAUAUUGGGAUGGCUGGUCACCCUAGGUACAGGGAACUUAAGACUCCCUUUGAAUGUAAUGGGAACUGGAUCAGACUCUAAAUGAAGACAGAUUGUAUUGCUUUGAUAUCACAGCCUUGCAAUAAAGCUUUCUGGUGAUAUCAUAGCCAUUAAGAAUAAUACAAUAGACUCAAUACAUUAAGUAGAUUAGAACAUGACAUGCAUUUUUAUGCCUCUGAUUUUAAUUUCCAUAUUGUACCAUUUUGUUUUUGUUUAUUUUAGCCUUUCUAUAUGUGAUACCAGUGAAUUGCAAGAGGGCUUAUAAAAGCCACGGAACGGUGGUAGUAUGUAGUAAUACAGAUAAAGCUUUGAAAAAAUUGCAAAUAAACUAGCUUAAAACUAUUGAUGCUAAAGUUUUUCAAGUUGCUGGCACGUAAAUGUUAACUGAAUCCAGGGACAUGUUUGUUAUUGUGGACAAUAUUAAUAUUCAUUCACUUCACAAAGGACUUAUGAGAGUCAAUCAAUUCCUCUUUUUACUGGGCUUUGAAUAUGUAAAGUCUAUACCCCCAAUCCUGCUUAUACUUAAGCACGCGCUUAACUUUAAGAAUGUUAGCUUCAUUGAAGGGAAAGGGACUAUUUACAAGGUGUGAAGUUCAGCAUAUUCCUAAGUGUUCAUAGGAUUGGGGCUUAUGUAAGUGCAAGAGUAUAUAAUGUAAAAUAAAAGGGAACGCAGGGCCCUACAAGAGCUCCUCACAAGCAGCAUAGCCCCACCAGUUAUGCUGCAUCCUGGGCUGUCCAUGUCCAUUGAGGGGUGGGAGAGAAUUUCAAAAUGUGCUAAUUUCAGUCAUAUAUUGUAAUGGGCUUCCCCUCUCCUGUUGGCUGGGUUGCAGGUGGGUGUCGUUUGAGAAAGGCUGGGAGAUUGGUAAUUUAAACAAAGUGGGUUUUUGGGGGAGGAUGAAGGUGCUGCCUCUUGUCAGCUCCAGGCAGGUAGUAGAUGCAAUGUGAGGGCUCUAGUUGCAUUAA